UUGUAUGAACCAAUGUCCUAUACCAGCCACCCUUUAUCAUCUGGGCAAUUGCCCUACAGAUACCGCGUGCCCUUCACGCUCUGAAGGCUUAAGUGGGCCUUACUCCUAGAAUAAUAAUCAGCACUUGUGGUAAGUAGAUUGGUAAAGGCGUUGAUAAGAAGAUUGACCAAGGUUGAAGCCAAAAAAGAAAAUGACCAAAGGUUAAAAAGCCACAAAUCAACCAAACAAAUGGCUUCAGCUGAACUCAUGUGAAUGUGAGUGGAAGAUUGAAGCUUUUUACCUCUGUCUGUCUCUCUGCACUGGUCCCCCUGCAACUCUGCCUAGCCUUUCGCCGCCUUCUACGUCCACUUUUGUAUUGCUUCUCUCUCUCUCUCUCUCUCAGAUGAAAUGGGUUCUCUUUGUUCGAGCUAGCUCACAUACUGUACUGACUACUGAGCGCUUCAUUAUGAUUUACCAUGUGGAUUAACAAAACUUGACUAGUUCGAGGAGCUGUGAUUUUCCCAAAAGUUUGUUUCUUUUGUACAUCUUGCUGAUGCUUCUAUGUAGGAUCAGUUCUAGCUGGGUUUUUGGGUAGUGAGGAUUCUGGGCUGUUCUUCAAGUUCAAUAGUGAAGUGAACUGAAUUCCCUCAAAAAUUUGGAGCACUCACAAAUAAGACACUCUGUGGAAGCUAGCAAUAAUGUCCAUGUUCUUGAAGCUUUGGAGCGCUUCUGAAUAACACAAAAGAGUCCAAUUCUUCACCAUGCCUUUAUCGGAGCUAUAUCGAAUGGCCAGAGGGAGGAGUGAUUCGAAUCCAGAUUUCGAACCUGUGAAUGAUUUUGUUGAACUGGUAUGGGAAAAUGGGCAGAUUAUGAUGCAAGGUCAAUCCAGUAGAGCUAGAAAGAGUCCAACUUUUAACAGCUUACCAUCUCACACCCCCAAGAAUCGAGAUAGAGAUUUAGGAAAUGGAACCAAUGGGAAGAUGGGGAAAUUUGGGUCUGUGGACUCUGUGAUGGAUGAAAUUCCAUUGUCGGUGCCAUCUGUUGAAAUGGGUUUGAGUGACGAUGAUGACAUGUUGCCUUGGUUGAAUUAUGCCCUUGAUCAACCUUUACAACAUGAAUAUAGCCAUGAUUUUAUGCCUGAAAUAUCUGGUGUCAAUGCAAAUGAGAUUUCCACCAAUGGCAAUCUCGCAUCAAUCGAGAAAAGGAGUAGUUCUAGUCAGAUAUAUAGGGAGUGCAGCCCCAAUUCUACCCAUGGAGGUGCUCUUUUGGAACAAAGGAAUGUAUCAAAGCUUUCUUCAAUAAGUGCUGCUGAGGUUAGCAGACCCAGAACUAGUACUACUCACUUAUACCAGAUGUCAUCACAGCAAUCCCAAGCAUCAAUUCCAUCUUUUAGAUCAAUCGCUUCGGAUAUGGUUGCUGUUAACACAAGUAGUGCCGACCAUCAUGCUGUUUGCAAGAAUUCAAUUCAGGCUUCACCUGCAGGUGGUUUUCCUGGCAUAAUAACGCAGAAGCAAAAUCCACCAACUCCUAGUAAUAAUAAUUCAACCAUAGUGAACUUUUCCCAUUUCUCACGACCAGCUACUCUUGCAAAAGCCAAUCUUCACAAUAAUGGUGCAACGUCUAGCUCGAGUUUAGUAAGGGUGGAAAAGAUUGGAAAUAAGGAUAAGGUUUCAGUUGCAACUAGUAGCAAUCCUCCUGAGUCGAUACUAAUCGAAUCAAGCUGCAGUUUACUGAAGGAGUCAACUUCACAGUGCCAAGAUGUUAUGGCCCCCUCCAGUGUUGAUAUGAAACCAACCGCAUCUAAGCCUCUUGAGGAACCACGUACUACUAAACAGUCUGAGGCUGCAUAUCAAGAGGAUGCCUCUAAGAAUGAUGACACAAACUCCAAUCAUAUUCCUUGUGAAAGCGCAAUUAGGGCACUUCCAGAUGCUGAAAAAACUACAGAGCCUGUGGUUGCUUCUUCUGUUUGCUCAGGCAAUAGUGUGGACAAAGCUUCAGAUGAUCCAGCUCGUGCGUUGAAGAGAAAAUCUCGUGAUACUGAUGACUCUGAAUGCCAUAGUGAAGAUGUAGAGGAAGAAUCUGUGGGCGUGAAAAAGGUAGCUCACGGUCGAGGUACAGGUUCCAAGAGAAGCAGAGCAGCAGAAGUGCAUAACUUAUCAGAAAGGAGGCGAAGGGAUAGAAUCAAUGAAAAGAUGCGGGCGCUUCAAGAACUCAUACCUAAUUGCAAUAAGGUGGACAAAGCUUCAAUGCUUGAUGAGGCCAUUGAGUAUUUGAAGACACUUCAACUCCAAGUACAGAUUAUGUCGAUGGGAGCUGGUUUGUAUAUGCCACAAAUGAUGUUACCACCAGGAAUGCAACACAUGCAUGCACCCCGUAUGGCUCAUUUCUCGCACAUGGGUGUUGGAAUGGGAAUGGGAAUGGGAUUGGGCAUGGGUUUUGGGAUGGGUAUGCCUGACAUGAAUGGUGGAUCUUCUGGUUACCCUAUGCUUCAGGUGCCUCCUAUGCAAGGUGCACAUUUUCCUGGUUCACCAAUGUCAGGGCAUACUGCGUUCAAUGGGAUGGUAGGAGCUAACCUUCAGAUGUUUGGGCUUCCUGGUCAAGGAGUUCCCUUACCGAUGCAACGCGCACCCUUAGUUCCCGUAUCUGGAGGGCCCUUUAUGAAGUCAGCUGUACGACCAAAUGGUUGUGGUGCCGGAGGUCCUGUAGAACCAGCUCAAGCUUCUAGUUCAAAGGAUUCAGUGCAGAACAUGAACUCUCAAGUGAUGCAAAACACCAACACCAAUAGCUCCAUGAAUCAGACUUCUAAUCAGUGCCAGGCAACAAAUGAGGUAUUUGGACAGUCUGCAUUUGUGCAAAAUAAUGUUCAAGCGUCGGAUGUUAGUACCAGCGGAGCUAACAGAUCUACUAACGGAAAAGACCAAGUGCUUAGUAGACCAGCUAGUUAUGACUAACAAGCAGUUCAAAGUACAUGAAAAAGGUACCUCUGAGUCGAUGAGGUUGAACCUUUACAAUAACCAUCUGAAUUUUUAUUUCAGUAGUACAAUCACAUAUUGCACAGAUUUUGGUACCUUGAGAAGACUUGAAUUCCUUCUAGCAUUUGUACAUUCACUUUGUAACUGGUGAGGUGCAAUGUCAAGAGUUGAGUAUACCACAAAUAUGUAUCAGAUUUGUGUUUUGGCCAUUUUUAUAACAAUUCUUUGAAUUAGUGAAAUGAUUAGUGGUGCCGUAUAGCAUUUCUGUGUAUUCUA